AUGAUUGAUUUGAAAUACUUUGUGGUCAUUCUUGCGUUCGCUGCUUAUACUAAUGGAGUUCCAUUGGUAGCAAAAUGUAAGGUCGGAGACUCGAAAUGUAGCAAAGAAUCGGCGCAGGCGGCGAUAAAAACCUUCGCAGCUGGAAUCCCUGAGUUACAAAUAAAGUCAUUGGACCCUUUGGUCAUCAAACACACUGAUGCUAGUUCACCUAACCUCAAGCUGACUUUAACUGAUUAUACUGUGACUGGGCUGAAAGACUGCAUUGUUAAGAAGACUAAAUACGACAAAUCAAACUCCAAGAUACUAAUAAAACUGCAAUGUUCUCCCAAAGUUGAAGGAAGCUAUGAAAUGAAUGGACAAUUACUAAUUUUGCGUAUGGAAGGAAAAGGACCUAUUCACGUACAACUGAGGAAGACAGAAUUCAGCGUGGAAUACAGUAUCGAAGAAUCUGAAAAGGAUGGAGCUAAAUACUGGAAUAUCAAAGAUUACAAACACAGUUUUGAAUUGAAGGACAAAGCGGACGUUGUGUUCGGAAAUCUUUUUAAUGGAAAUGAUGUGCUCGGACAAGCUGCAAAGGAAGUUAUAAAAGAGAGCGGUAAUGAAAUUGUCGAAGAAGUCGGGAGCCCAGUUAUUUCUGAUAUUAUAAAAGAAAUAACCAAAAACAUCAACACAUUCUUCCACAAUGUUCCAAUUAGUGAAUUGAUAAUUGAAUAA